GAAAAACACACCCACAAGGUAAAGAAAUCGUAACCACCUCCAACUUUUACACGUUCUAUAAAUACCAUCUAUCCCACCUUAUCCCCAACCACGUCUUCUCAAAAACCGAAUAGUUCCUUCUGUUCUUCUAGAGAAUUUUCAAGCUUUCUAUCUGCCUUCAAUUCCAAGCAAAACUAAGAAACUCAGAUGGCUCGUACCAAGCAAACCGCUCGUAAGUCAACUGGAGGAAAGGCUCCAAGGAAGCAGCUUGCAACCAAGGCUGCCCGUAAGUCUGCCCCAACCACGGGAGGAGUCAAGAAGCCUCAUCGUUAUAGGCCAGGAACUGUUGCUCUUCGUGAAAUCCGCAAGUACCAGAAGAGUACCGAGCUUUUGAUCAGGAAGUUGCCAUUCCAGAGGCUUGUUCGUGAAAUUGCUCAGGAUUUCAAAACCGAUUUGCGUUUCCAGAGUCAUGCUGUGUUGGCUUUGCAGGAGGCAGCUGAGGCUUACCUUGUUGGGUUGUUUGAGGAUACCAAUUUGUGCGCUAUUCAUGCUAAGCGUGUCACCAUCAUGCCUAAGGACAUCCAGCUCGCUAGAAGGAUUAGGGGAGAAAGGGCUUAGAUUGGUUAUUCUUCGUUGUUGCUUAGGUUGCUAAAAGUGUCUUUAAUAAUUUCUGCUGUUCUCUUCUCAGGAAUCGUAGGUUUAUAUAGGUAUCAAUGGUUGUGGAUUACUGGAUAUUUGACAAUAUAUAGUCAAUUUUAUUGGUUAAAUUCUCUUCUCUUAUCUUUCUAUUCAUUUACUGCUCAUCUUGUGCCUGAAUGUCUUUUAAAGGAGAUUUACAGAUGAGCGAUUUUGACGUGAAUCUUGAACCUUUCAAAUCUGCCAUUAUGUUAUUGUUCUUGGGUGCGUGUAGUUUUGGUCAAGUGGGGACUGCCUGCUUGAUUUUGUCAUGAAUGCUUA